ACCACGAACUGCGCUAAAAGGCAGAGAAACCAAAAGUGCCUCCCCACCAGCAACAGCAACAACAACAAACAGUCACCCACGAAACACCCACCACCACCACCACCACCACCAUCCACACCAUAAUGGCCGUGCCCUUUUAUCUACCCGCGGGUGGCGCCGACGAUACCGCCUCGAGCUCGUUGGGCGCCUCGGGCUCCACGUCAUCGUCGUCGGCCUCAACAUCGUCGGGCGCAUCCUCGUCAGCCUCAUCGGAUGGCGCCAGCAGUGUGGCCUCCCAGUCGCCGAAUACCACAACAUCGGCCACGCAGACGCCCAUGCAGUCGCCAAUGCCAAUGCCCACAGAUCAGGUGCUCAUUGCCCUCUGCGAGUGGUUCCAACACCAUCAACGCCUCUACAAUGUCCAGCCCAGUGCGCAACAAAUCUUUCAAUACCCACCCAGUCCGUCGUGCUCUUUUGCCCAAUCGCCCAGCUACACAGGCGGUGAUAUUUUCUUUGCCCCCAACAUGGGAACAGCCCCCACACCACGAACACCACGCACCAGCAUCAGCUUUGCCUCCGGCGAGGAGUACAACUACUUCCGACAGCAGCAUCCGCCGCCGCCAUCGACGCCGCAGCCAAUGCCGCCACCACCACUGUCGGCGCCACCCUUGCACUACAGCCACAGCUACCCACAGCAGUCGCACUUGCUGCAACAUCAUCCGGCUGCCUAUGCCUCGACUGCCUAUUACUCCACCUAUACGCCGCCACCCACGCCGAACGCUGGCGGCAGCUCCACAUCCACGGCCAGCUUCGGAUGGCAUCCACACAUGCCGAUGGCAUCGACACCCUUGCCUGCAGGCUCCUGCAGUGGCGCCAAAAUGCGCUUGCAGCGCAGCCAGUCAGAUGCGGCCAGACGCAAGCGGUUGACCUCCACCGGCGAAGAUGAUCAGGAGACCAGCAGAGAUGAAUUUGAUCGCUUUCGCAAUUUUAGCGAAGCACGCGAGCGCUUGCAGGAGUUCAAUGGACGUAUACCGCCGCGUAAGAAGAAGAACAGCCCCAACAGUAGCAACGGCGGCAGCAACAAUAACAACAGCAGCAGUGCUGCUUGUGGAGUUGAUGCGCCAAGUGGCAGCCACAGCCAACAACAACAUCAACAACAGCAGAAGCAGAAGCAGCACCAGCAACAAAAACAGCAAAAGGCCGAGCAGAAGAACAAAGAAAAACAUAGCUUCACUUGGCCCACAGUUGUCACCGUUUUUGUUCUUGCCAUGGGCUGCGGCUUCUUUGCCGCGCGAUGAGUGCCAAACAGGAAGGAGGAAAGAAGCAGCAGCAAACAUAACCAGAAUUAGGAUAUAAGACGACGAUCUUUAGAUAAUUCAUUGCAUACAUAUGUAUAGUAUAUGUAAGUGUGGGGCAAAUAACAACGAAUUUAUUGAAAUGCACAAAAGUCAUCACCAUGAUCUGCACAAAUCGAGCAUAUAUAGCAUAGUUACAUCUAAUGUCUAAGAAGGUUGACGGGACACAAGAACAAUAUCUAUAAUAUAUAUACUUAUGAGACGAAAAUUCAAACUGCUCUCAGCAAAUGGCAAACUGUAGACUGGCAAGAAAAGACUAAGACUAAAAGAAAUUAACACAAAUAAUAUUUUUGCUAACAAAAAAGAUGAUCUUUGAAUAUUUUUGGUAUUGUAUAAUUGUUUUGGAUCUACUUACA